CGCCCCUUCACGGCUCCCACCUCCCCGCCACGUCGUUCUGCGCGCCGCGGCGGCGCUGGGCCAUGGCGUUCACGUUGUACUCGCUGCUGCAGGCCGCGCUGCUCUUCGUCAACGCCGUGGCCGUGCUGCAUGAGGAGCGCUUCCUCCGUCACGUUGGUUGGGGAAGCGAUCAAGGGAUUGGAGGAUUUGGAGAGGAACCAGGAAUUAAAGCUCAGCUAACGAACCUCAUUCGAUCCAUACGAACUGUAAUGAGAGUGCCACUCAUAGCAGUGAACUCCAUUACAAUCAUUCUCCUCCUGUUGUUUGGUUGAAGACACCUGGAGAAAAACAUUUUGGAUGGCCAAAGAAGCAAGUUAUGAACCAUCACCACUGAGUUUUUGGGGAUCCGGCACGGUUUAGCUGUCCAUCUGACAUUCAACUUAACAUAAUAAAGACACUAUUUCUAUUUAUCCUAUUUCCUAAUUGCAGUUUCAUUACACAAGAUACGGGGAUCAAUGCAACAACGCUGCAAAUAUGUUGGACUAUGACAAGUUCUGUUGCUGCCUGUUCGUAACGCUGGCUGUUGGUGUGCGCGUCGCCGGGUGUUGCCGCGGUUGUCGAUCAUAUGCGGUUUUUAAAUGUCUCAUUCCUCAGGGAUGAAUCUCCUUUAUUAUCCUUCACAAUUUGUUGUUAAAUUAAAAAAAAAGUGGGUUUUAUUCCACUUGCUACCACAGUACUUUCAAAAGAAUGCAAAUUAGGCUCUGAAAACAUUAUAAAUUACUGAGGUCCAAUUGUGAUACUGAGAGAUCAAAUGUUAUAAAUUCUGAAUUCCAGUUUUAUCCCCCUCAAUAUUACAACAUGUUGUAAAUUAGUGAAGUUCAGUUGUGAUACAGAGAGAUUUGUGAUAUUGAGAGGAGAUAAAGCAUGUCAUAAAUUACUGAAUUCCAGUUGUGAUGUUAAGAGGAGAUCAAGCAUGUUACAGAUUUCUGAAUUCCAGUUGCGAUAUUGAGAACAGAUCAAACUGGGUAAAAUCCUAACUCAGUUUACAUUGGAAAUCAAAUUUUCCUGGUUUGAUUGAGACCAGGAUUUUCCCUCUGUGUUUCAUAACCUUUUCAAACCAGUAAUGGUGGCAAAGUAAGUUGAAAUUGGGUGCAAUUGCUAUGCAAAACCUAAAAAAGCUGUACCUGGAGCUGGGUUACUGUGCUGAUUUAGACUAGCGAGUGAUAUUAGUGACUAGUGUUUGUUACUGCUCUGUUAAGGAUUAUUAUACAUUUCUUAAAAUGUGUGUUAAAAAAUUGUUUGUGGUGAUUAGUGUGCUGGAAGUGGGGAACCAUUUGUAUUCUGAGCUUCUUGGGAGGAGAAUACUGUGCCCUUUUCAAAUGCAAUUUUCAUUUAAAACGAGCUUAUUUGCAGCUUCUUUUGUUACUGAUGCUUCUUCCCUGCCCUCCAUCUUCAUUAAAGAACAGCUUGGAAGUUGA